AGCGCGGGCGCUGUCCGCACGAGAGCAGGUCCUGAAACGCGCCGUGCGCCACCGUGGAGUCAGGCAGGCGCAGGCAGCUGUUCACCGUACAGGUCAGAGAAGCCCGUCUGUGCGCACAUUUACACCGCAAGCGUUUGGCGUCCAGUGGCUUCCAGCGCGGAGAAAAAGUGCCGUUUUUAAUUUUUUUUUGGGACUGGACUGUUCCCUUUUGCUCCGUCUCCAAAAACUCACAACAUAAACCGGGAGUCCUGCAGCAGUGAGUCCUGGUCCACACAGUGACCAAGAGCUGCUUCUCGUUCAUACAAGCAAGACAACAUCUCUCAACUCAGCUCCAGUAGUUUUUACUCCAACCAGAGAGUGACUUUUUUAAUAUAUUUUUUGCUGCGUAAUUUUCGUUUUUUUUUCUUCUUCUUCUUUUUUGGCACGGUGGGAUAUGAGACUUCAAGAUGUGAGCAGUCAUCCGCGCUCACUCGCUUUAUUGAGGGGAGAUAACCAAGUGUUCAUGUGAGACCAACUGCUGGGGACGAUUUAUGACAAGAAGAAAUGUGCAGAAAAGAACCCGGAGCAAAAACACACCCAACAGUGGAUCUGUAACGAAUAUUUCCCCCCCCUUUCAGCUCAGUUUUUUAACUUAUUUUUAUUUUUGUAUUUUGAAAUAUUUCUGCACAGACUGAGAGGAGAAAGUUGAGCCUCCAUCGGUUCAGGGGUCACGGUCAGCGGACCGAGAAGGAGAGAAAAGAGGGAAGGCUACUUUGUUCUGCCUUUUUUCUUUCCUCUUUGAAACUGUUGCAUUUUUUACGUCUUGGGACUGGUAGCAGCUUGGUGUUGACGAGCAGCUGAAGGAAUGAGCACCACCGCUGUCGUUUCCCUCCUCUGGUUUCGGAGACGCCUGAACAGAGCCGCUGGUGUGUCCCGUCCCCAUGAGGAGGGGGCCCGUCUCUGAUUCGCAUUUUUUGGCACCAUUUCUUUCUUCCCUUUCACCUGCAAAUCUCCACUUUUCGAUGUUUUGAUAUCGUUUUUAUGAGUUCAACUCAAAGCGCACCGUGUCACAUUUUCAAUCAGUUAAAUUUUCGUUGUUUAAAUUAGGCAUAAAAAAGUUUUGUUUUGUUUUUUGAAGGGAACUGGCAGCCUUGCGCUUUUUCAUUCAUUGGAGGUCACGGUUUGUCAGUAUAUAGUGGCCGACUGAAGCGGGGCGUCCGGUGGCAUUUUUCAGUCCCCUCACCGGGGCCCUGCAGCUCAACCGUAGCGAUGGAGAUUCACUGUAAGCACGACCCGUUUGCGGCAAUGCACAGACAUGGUGGAGUCAACCAGCUUGGAGGUGUGUUUGUAAAUGGCAGGCCCCUCCCAGAUGUAGUUCGACAGCGAAUAGUAGAACUUGCCCAUCAAGGCGUUCGGCCCUGUGACAUCUCACGCCAGCUACGAGUCAGCCAUGGAUGCGUCAGCAAGAUACUGGGCAGGUACUAUGAAACGGGAAGUAUCCGCCCCGGGGUAAUCGGGGGAUCCAAACCAAAGGUUGCUACACCCAAAGUGGUCGACAAGAUCGCCGAUUACAAACGCCAAAACCCCACCAUGUUUGCCUGGGAGAUCCGGGACAGGCUCCUGGCCGAGAGAGUUUGUGACAACGACAGCGUCCCCAGCGUCAGCUCCAUCAACAGGAUCAUUCGGACUAAGGUUCAGCAGCAGCCCGGUCAAACGGGCUCAGUGUCGGCUCACAACUUAGCAACAUCCGUGGCUGCCACACAGGUCUCAGCAGUGACCAGCGACUCGGCCGGCUCCUCGUACUCCAUCAGUGGCAUUCUGGGUAUCAGCUCAGCUGCUGAUGUGGGCAAAAGGAAGAGGGACGAAGGUUUGCAGGAGUCGCCACUGGCCAAUGGGCACGGCCACAGUGGGCGGGACUUCCUCAGGAAGCAGAUGAGAGGGGAGCUGUUCUCGCCACAGCAGAUCGAGGUAUUGGACCGCCUCUUUGACAGACAGCCAUCCUGUCCAAUCCAAUCCAGCUCUGACCUCUAUGUGAGCCCUGACUCUGGCAAGACGUCAGAUUAUUCGGCCAUGGCCUCACUAGCAGGUGGACUGGACGAGAUGAAGAACAGUUUGGCCAAUCCGGGCACAGGGGCGGAGUUAGGAGCCAGCGUAUCAGGUCCACAGUCCUAUUCACUAGUUCCAGGUCGAGACCUAGCCAGCACCACUCUGCCAGGCUACCCUCCUCAUGUCCCACCCACUGGACAGGGCAGCUACUCAACGCCCUCCCUCACUGGCAUGGUACCUGGGGGAGAUUUUUCCGGAAGUCCUUAUUCCCAUCCGCAGUAUUCUACGUACAAUGAAUCUUGGAGAUUUCCGAACCCCAGCCUAUUAGUGUUUCAGCAGGAUUAUGGGUCUCUCCUGGGGACGGAAAUCGGCUGCUCCUCCAGUCUCUUCACCAGCCAGGCAGGACAGAUGCAAGGGUCGCCGUACUACUACAGUGCAACAUCUCGGGGGGCCGGCCCUGCUGCCACUGCCACAGCCUCCGCCUACGACCGCCACUGACCCUCCUGCAGAGAGAAGCGGAGGGUGAGAAGCGGGAGACGAGGAAGGGAGGGAGGGAUGGAUAGCACCAGCACUGUUCAGUACAAACUUGCCUGCGCACGGACUACAAUGAGAAGAUUUCAAAUCUCUGACGUCAGUGAAGUUUCAGUUUUCUUUGUUGGCACCAACAAACAUGCUCCCAGGCUGCAGCACAAUACUGUACUUAUAUACAUUACUGUGAGGAUAUAGGACUGAUUUUGUGAACAGGUACAUUUUGGAAAUUUGGACCCUCCCAGAUUACAUCAAGGCUUGGUAUCCCUAGCUUGUUUGUCAUCUAUAAACCCAAGAAGUCAGUGGACGGUGUGUGCAGCAUUAAAACUAUCUGUAUUGUGAUCUUCUGAGUAAAAUGUUGUGUUUUCAGGUUAUUUUUGAUGAAAUUGUUUAAGCUGAUUGAGGCAAAAUCACUUUUUCAACCAGUAUUUUUAUGACCAGACAUCAAUCAAUUUUCUAUGCCAUACCACAGUGAAGUAAAGACAAUCCUCAUAACUGUGAAUGACCAAAAUCACCCAUAUCCCUAUCAUUCUAUUGUCUAUACUGUAGAUUCAACACAUUUCCUCUGGGAUCACAAUGUUUAGUAUAAAGGGAUACCCUCACGUUAAUUGGAGCGUUCAGGGUCAGAGUUCGCUAUGCCCUGCCCCAGUUUGCUGUAGCUGUCAUGCUUUCCAUUCUUGAAGAACACAAAUGCAGUAAAUUCCUUGUCACGUUUAAAAGUAACAGAUCCUCAAUUUCCAACAGAAACAGAUAAAAUCAGCUUGGUGAACGCAUGUAAAGUGGAAACUUACCCAAAUCCAACAAGAAACAGUUCUCACACAGUACAAUACACUGUACCAGUCAAGAACAAGGCUUUAAAAAACAUAACCUGCAACUACAAACUUAUUUAGUAGUUGACUGUAGGUAGUAGGCUAGUAAACCAGACAUGCUAACAUUUGCAACUAACAUUAGAGCAGUUAAAUUCAUAAUUUAGUUUGUUCCUUCCACUGUUGCUUUGCUGUUUUUGCUUUUGAGAACAGCUAGAAGAUAAGAUCACCCUCCAAACUCUUUUAGUGCUAUGUGACAUUCCUUUUACAGCACACUACAGAAGCAAGUGGAGUAAUCCAAAGCUUGACUGGCCUAUCAUGUCUAAUUAUGGUUGGUAUGCCAUGAUUGGAUUAUUGCUGUUCAGGGGUGGGGUUUAGCGAACAGCUAAUUUUAGUGUUUAAAUGUGAUUCCCCAUAUAGGAAAACUGUAUCCUCACAUCAUGGAUGUAUUAAGAAGAGAGGGAUACUGGAUACCAAAGCUGGUGCCUUCUCACCUCACUAACAAUUGCCCGUCUGGCACGUGUCAAAAAGUUUCUCACUUUGCUCUCCUUGUAGACUUUAUAUCGUGAAAAAAAAAUCCAAUUCACAGGAGAGAUUUUACAACUUUAAAACUCAUAAAUUCAUGACAUAAAGAAUGAAAACCAGUCUUGUUUGCAAUUACAUUAAAUGUGUCCUCUUUACAGAAAUUUCUUUACAGUGGUGGUCCAUGGGAAAAUUGGGAUGCGUUCUAUUAUCCAUGCUUCACAGCCAGCAUGCUUUCCAUUUCACACAACGGACUGCAAGUUUGGUUAAAAACAAAAGACGUGAUUUUGGAACGCCGCAUUGCAUUUUGGGCUACAGGGGAUCUAUUUUAGUUGCAACAAUGCAAGAGACCGCAGGGAGAAAUUGGAAGCAAGGCAGACUGGCAGCCAUAUCCAGCACUCUUAAUACAUCCAUGCCUCACAUCCACACUUACAUUUGAACUGGUUUGAAUACCACUGAUUAACAGACAAGCCUUUCAGUGAAGCACAGCCGAAAAUAUGAGUCCUCUGCUGUAAAAACAACAGUGUACAUGUUCACAUAAAACCAAAAUCAACUCCACUGGGUUAUGUUACUGUACAGGAAGGUGCUAUCCUGCCUCUCCGGCUAAGAUUUAGUCCUGAUCAAGAGCUAUUUAUAAUGGAGGAGACACAGAGUAAUAUAUUAAGAAGCUUUUCUGCGCUGCACUCCGUGAUGAGAGUGAAUGACUGUAAUGAUUUAUAAUAGUGUCACGCUGUUGUGCUAGAAUAGUGAUGAUGAUGAUGAUGAUGAUGAAGAUGCAGUGAACUAUGAAAUCUGAUAAACUUUCAAUAUGAGAAGUCUUUGUUUAUAAAUGUGAUCAGAUUGCGAUUUUCCUGUUUAUAGUUUGUUUCCUGGUAUCAGUUGACACAGGUGCCAUUUAAUAAGAUGCCAUUUUUUUCCGCCUCCUGUCUAUUCAGAAGAAGAACUGGGAGGCGGUGGCACCGUCUUUUUCUCUCUCUUUCGCUCGCUCUUUCUAUUUCUCUCUUUAAACUCCCCAAAGAUGGGCCCCCCUAGUGGAUCGGCUGACUAACUACAAAAGCACAAAGAGACUCAAUCAUCAUUUAAAGGCGCCAUUUUACUUUCCUGACUUCCUUUCUGAACCAUGAAGUACUUCUUCUUCCUCUUCUUCUCCCCUUUCUGAGUUAGUGUCCUUGUGCUGUUUGACAUCGUGAAAUCGUUUCUAUAAAAGCAUUGCUUUCAUGAAAAACAUAAGUGAAAUUUUUCAUUUAUUUUGUUUGUCUCCUACAUCAGUUCUGCGCUGUGACAAUGCAUGACACCAGGGUCGAGGCCUUACCCAUCAUGUACAGACACAGUAGGACAGAUUUGCCCUUCAGCACUGGUCUGAAAUCAGUGUGUUUUCCCUCCCGAGUGUCUGGGGUCUCACUAUGUUGAUCUUGUGAUAGGGCAAUGUCUUCCUAAACCUGUACGUAGCUUCCUGUUUCAAUUUUGUCCAUACAAGUCUUGUACAGUAAUCAGUGAAAGAGCAGAGAAGUCACAAUGUCAAUAGCAAUUUCAAUUAUUCACAUUUGAAUUUAGAUUUUAGUGAUGAAGCUUUCUUUAUGAUAAAAAGACAUAAAAGGUGCGUCGUGUUGUUUUAGCCAUUGUCUGUUUACACAUCUUUUGUUCUUCUUUGUUUGUUUGGGGUAUGCGUGGCUGACUGUAGCGCUUCAUUGCUACUGUGUAGUUUUUACUAGCUAACAGAUUGGAGGCACCAAAUCUGCGAGUGUGAGACAUAAAAUAUAGCUAUAUAAACAUAAUAUAACUAUGAACACUGAACAAAGCUGUUAGUUUCUCAAUCUUUGUUGUUUCUGGAUUUUUUGAAAUAGUAAUAGAGUGGAUCCUUUUACAUUUGUAGACCUUAAAAGUUGUGCAGACACAACUCUAAAGAAGAUUCUUAUGACGGCUCACCCGCUGUGCUGCCAGUGUGCACCACAGCGGGAGCCCUUCCUUAUUUCUGUCUUUUUCUCUCGAUCCUUCUGAGGCAUUAUUGAACCUGAACCACACCAGCUGAAAACAAGGACAGUGCCUUUAGUUUUAUAUGUCAACAUCCCCCUGACUGACCACGAGUCACUAAAACGAGAUUCAGCGUCCCUCCCUGCAACUCCUUUAACUAAACUCUGAUUAUCUGCCCAGGCAAACACAGGGUUGUAGAUUAUUUAAAGCCUUUCACAAAUAAGUAACAAACAUUAAUUUUAGUACCAGUAUCAGAUUGCCAUGAUGCAUCCGCAGUAACAUUGCAGCUCUGAUAAUAGAACACUGAUCUAAUGUCAUCAUACUCCUGAAUUCUCCCAGAACUUGGAUUUUUCAGUCACAGAUACAUCAGGAGGUAGAAAAUCUUUUUAACAGUCGGUGAGUUUGCCAGGUAGCUACAGUAACAAAAUGCCAGAUAUAUUUCAGUAAAGUCAAUCUAAGACCUCUUUAGUAGUGAUGCUAAACAGGAGAACGCUACUGUAAUCCUAGAAUUACACAGCAAAACCUUUCGCCAUAGCACUGUUUCAGUGCUGGGGAAUGGCCUGAUUGCACCCAUUUUUAUUCUGCCAUAAAAGGAAAAAUUUCUUGUGUUACUCUAAAUAGUCUUGGGCGGUGCUAAGCCCAGGAUGCAGCACUGGUGCCUCUGCGAAAUAGUAACAGGCAGGGAAUUUGUUUUGGUGGAACAUGCUUGUAAAAUAAUUUUUUUUCAAUAGCUGUUGGGCAGACAUGCAAUCCCAUCCCUGUGAGAUGGCAAAUGUAAAGAUAUGUUUCUAGAUCUUCAAAACCAUCCACUGAAAGAAUCAUGCAAGCCUACUGCAAAAUGAAUGUAUUCAUGAAAACUUGGUAUUUUCAGUGUGUAGGUUGCUAGCUCAGUGAUUGCUGCUUUCCAUAGUGAAAGAGGUCUAACCCUAACCCUAGACCACUAUGGCCCUUAAAAUGGACAAAUGUACUUUGAUAUGAUGUACAGGAUUAUGUAGUAUGAAUUCAAGUUGAUCAAAAAUAUGUUUUACAGGGACAGACUGAUGCAAAUAUGCCUGCUGGAUAUUUGUGGAUUAACACUAGAGCACAAGAUUAGAACUUAGAAACGUAAUUCGGUUAAACAGCUAUCUGACAUGAAUUUUUCAGUUUCAAAGACUGAAAAGGUCCAACUAUUCAAUGAGAGCAUAUUUUCUUCCCCUAUCAACUGUCUUGAGUGCAUCUGUGACUGAUAUGUCCAAAUUCAGGGAGAUGUCCAUGCAUCAGAGUUACACAUUUCCAACUGGCUUUAAACGGCGUUAACACUGAAAAAAAGGCACAAAAGACAGAAAAAAGCCGAGUGAGUGACAGACAUCUAUCGAGUCUGUUCAUUAAUACUGCUUUUUUUUUUUAACCAGAACAUUUUAUAAAUUAAUCAUACCCUUUUCCACAAACCAAACACACACACACACACACACACACACACACACACACACACACACACACACACACACACACACACACACACACACACACACACACACACACACACACACACACACACACUACUGUAAGCAUGACAAAAUAUUGAUUGAAAGUCGUUCUCCUUGAGGAGGUAAAUCCAGUCGUGCCUCCUGUGUCCACUCACGUGAAGCAGCAACAUCAAACGAGCCAAACUCGAUGCCUGUUACCGGGUGUAGCCAAGAAUCCAGUGAUUCAUUAACAAGAUUAUUUGUUAACUAUGCAUCUCAUAGUGACACAGCUUGCCUUGCCAUUGCUUUGACCUGACUGGUUCACAUGGGGAGAGAAUGAACGCAGUCGCUUCGAUUGGCAGCUGUGACAUUGACUGCGGUGAUGAGGGGGGGACUUGUCAUUGUGGGUGGUACUGUAGAAAGCAACGGCAGGCAGAGGCCACACACACACAUAAAUAUAAGUACAGACACACACUCGCUCCCUCCCUUUGUCCUUUCCGAAGUGGCGAUCGCCCCUCCUCUUGUGCCCCUGUGUUCCCCAGAGGAGGCCAAACCUGCUGUGCCAUCAGAAGCUCAUCCCGUCCCUUUUCUCCCCCCUCCCUCAGCCCUAAUCUCAUCAUAUCUCACCCGCUCGUCUUCCCCCGUCUCUCCCCUCCUGUAGCACUGCCACACCGCCAGGAUUAGGAAUAUUAAAACUGUUCUGUUGAUUUCAGGCCUGUGACCUUCCUCAAAAAGUCCUCCGUCUCUCUCCAGACAGCCCCAUUAAUCCUUUUUUCUCUCCUUUCUUACUUUUCUCUCUGACUAUUCAGACGUGAUGCUCACUGUCCUGUCAGAAUUUCUGCAUAGGAAUGAAGCGGGGUUUUUUGUGCCAAAGCGAGGUCAUUUCAAUGGCAAUAUUGCUGCCGGUAUCUUCAUUUGGUCAGGAACAUUCUGUAAGAUCGCACCUCGUAUUCUCUUUUCCCGCAUUCUCUUUGUCAGGUAGCUGUACAGCAUUUAAAACACAAAGAAACAAUAGUUACAUUUCAUUUCCAGCACUUGCACAGUUUACUGUCCAUGAAAAUAAAUUGCAUCCUGAAUUUUGAUCCCAGCUCGAAGUCAAAUAUGAAUCUGAAAUAAAUGCAAAUGAGUUUUUUUCUUUAUUAUGAUUUCUCACCGAGUGUGCACUGCCUGACUGUAUCUCAAUAUGAAUCCAUGAAGAUGGCUACUGCCUUCCUAAAACCUGAGGGGAAUUCAGCAUCACAUCUUGACAGCAAUUAGUGGCACAAUCUGUUUCAUGCUUGCUGUUAUAACUAGGCUCUGGACAGAUCUCAUACUGAAGUGUUACAAUGUUCUGUACAUCUUAAUAUUAUUCAACUGUGGAAGAGGAGUAAUACACACGACUCAGCCUACAAAAAUCGACCGUGCUUUUUAAGCAGAUGUUUCAAUCAAAAAAAGAGAAAAAAGUAGAUACAUGAUUUUUCACCUUACUGUGGCCUUUCGUGUAACAAUCUGGAGUUUUUUUGUGUCCAUGGCUUCCUAUCUGGGGUGUUAAAGAGAUAUUUACAUCUGUGACGUUUUGGUAAAAAAAAAAAUAAAUGAACAGACAAAUGACAGAAAGAAAUACAGAUCAGAAUGCGAAGACAGAUGCAAAGAAUAAAUUUGGUUUUAACAAUUCCACUUGUUCUAUUCUUCAAAAUCAAAACGCGACAAAAAAGAGACAUAUCUGUAACAUUCACCAAAGCCUGUGAUGCCUGUUUUAAAUGAUAGAUUCUUGUACAAAAAAACAUAUAAAAUAGCAGAAAAGUCUUACAGAUACAAACACAAAGUGAAGAUAAGAAUUGCCUUCAAAAAUUCUGGAGGGGAGGAUUUAAAAAAAGUAAAAGAAAUGCUUCUUUAAGAAAAUGUGUAUGUUUUUUAUUCAAUUUUCUAGUAGUUGCAAACAAAACUUGGUGUUUUUUCUCUUUGUGUGUUGUGUGUUGUCUUAAUAUUUGAAUGUAUUUUACUGCAGUGCGAAUUUGCCAAAGAUAUCAUAUCACUUGAUUUUUCCUCUUUUAUCUUUUGUUCAGUUGUUCCUGAAUUGUGAUCGGUUUUGUUCAGAAAAACUGGAAAUAAAUGGUGAAUUUGAUAUUAUGCUUAUUUUUUAUAUUUCUAUUGUUAAUAUUAUUGUUAUUUUAUUUCCUGGGCUUUGAGUUUACUGUGAAAUAUUAAAUUGCAGUUUGCUUGAUGCAUCUCUUCAUACUCAGUCUGUGUACCUGUCCAUCCGUCCACCUGAGUGACUGUUGUUGGUGAAUUAUUCCAUUUAUGUACCUGUAAUGUGAAACUAAGAAGUAAUUAUUUGUAAAUAUUUGCCAUAAUUUUAUUGGUCCUUCAGAAUAAAAAAUAAUUUUUUGGAAGUUAAA